AUGGCAGCAUCAGGAGCUAGCAGUCCGGGAGAUAUGCGUAGGAGGCAUCAGUCUCCGAGACCUAAAGGCCGCGAAAACACAAAAAACGUCCUUUGCAGGAACAUCACCAUUUAUGGCAGUUGCAGGGCUCAGAACAACGGUUGCCCUUACAACCAUGAACUGCCUCCAAAGCCUACCCAACAGACAGAAAGCGCCAAACGCUUCCUGAACGUUGACUCCCCAUCUUUCAAACCUCUGUCCCCUGUCACAAACAGCGUCCAGCCUGUGAAGAAUCUCGGUAUCUCGCCAAAAGCGGCUUCAGCAGCCGUGUUUACCCCGAAAGCAACCGGUAAUGUCGAGCGAAUACCUGCUGCGUCAACCAAACAACCAUCAACAGAAUGGUCUCAACGCGGUAUACAAGAGUUCGUCCCUCAGAACUUUAGUGGUUCUUCUACCAAUAAUAUUGCAUCAUUCGACCCGUUCACCAUGCAAACGAACGCUGGUCAGAUGUCCGAUGCUUCCCACACUCCGCAGAUCAAUCCGUAUGCUCAGGAUGCUUCCGCCCUAGCUGCGACUUCGAUGUUCUCAGCUGCUGCUGCUUUUGCUCAUCCACUUAGUUAUCAUCUGUAUGCGCCCUUGGGUCCCCAUCGAGAAAACCUUAUGGCAUACCAACGAACAACACAUGACUUCUUUAUCCCCGAUCAUUUGCGUGAGGAGAUGCAACGUAAAUCCGAGGCAUCUCUCCAGACUUUCUCAAAUACAGCACUUCCCCAACAAAUAGAACACUUCCACUCUCUGGUGGCCCUCGAUACAAAUGCCCAGAAGUCUGCAUCAGCAUACGGCUACCCAAGUUGGAUAUACAAGGCUACUUCGAGCAAAGAUGGCUACAACUAUGCUCUGAGACGUCUAGAGGGCUUUCGAUUGACCGAUGAAAACGCGAUACGUACCAUACAGACAUGGAAACGCAUCAGCAACGGCAAUGUUGUCACUGUCCACGACGCUUUUACAACCAGAGCGUUUGGAGACAGUUCCCUGAUAGUCGUUACUGACUACCAUCCUCUCUCGCAGACGCUAGCCGACAAGAUUUUUACUCCAAACACCAGAAAUCCAGGAGGCACUCUUUCACGGUCCCCAGGAAGCUACGUGACUGAUCAUGAACUCUGGGGUUAUAUCGUCCAGCUGGCGUCUGCUCUUAAAGCUAUUCACUCAAUCGGCCUUGCUGCUCGCCUAAUGACCCCACAGAAGAUUCUCAUCACGUCCAAGAGCCGGCUUCGACUGAACUCUUGUGGCAUCCUUGAUAUUACUCAAUAUGAACAGGGGCGCAGCAUCUCGGAGCUCCAACAGGACGAUAUAUUGCAGAUGGGUCGCUUGAUACUCUGUAUAGCUAACAAGAAUCCCACGGCUCAUCAUAAUACUCAAAAGUCACUUGAGCACGUCGGUCGAGCAUACAGCGAAAAGAUGCGCGAGGUGGUUACUUGGUUACUCACCCCUGCUGCGCCAAUGACACCGACUCAAGCACCAACAAGCUCACCCGCUCCUGCAGCAGCUACUACGUCUUCGGACCACGAUAUCGAUAGCUUCCUUUCGCUGAUCUCGUCCCAAAUAACAUUAACCUUUGACGCGAGUCUGCACGAGGCUGACUCACUGACAAGCAAUCUGUCUCGCGAGCUCGAGAACGCACGCCUCGUACGCCUGCUCACCAAGCUCAACAUGGUCCUCGAGCGGCCCGAAACGACUCUGGCAUCUAAUGCUGCGAACCCAAACCAGCCUGCUGCUCCGCACUCUCUCAACCACACGUCAUCUGCUUGGUCUGAGACUGGAGAACGCUACUAUCUCAAACUGUUCCGUGAUUAUGUGUUCCAUCAGGUUGACGCAGAUGGUCGACCUGUCCUCGAUUUCGGACACAUCCUGACAUGUCUGAACAAACUGGAUGCUGGCAUUGAGGAGAAGAUCAUGUUGGUCAGCAGAGACGAGCAGAAUUGUUUUGUUGUCAGUUACAGAGAGGUUAAGAGAGGGUUUGAGAGCGCUUGGACAGAGUUGAUGAAGGCCAGUCAAGGUGGAAGAAGAUAA